AUGGCUGUCGAACUCCCAGAAACCGCCCCCAUCCUCGCCACACCUCCAGCAACGUCAGCUUCGUCGACGAAACCCACGAGUUCUUGUCCAACCGCUGAGCCGAAGGAUGACUUCUCUCAUCUUGCUCACCAUCUCAAUACGCUAAGCCGUAGCCGAGGGAAGAGUCCUUUGAAGGAUAUUCUUCAAUACAUGACCCUCGACGGGAUGAUCAGUCUCGCUGGUGGUCUCCCCCACCCAGACUUCUUCCCGUUCAAUUCGGUUGAAGUCCAGGCAUACAAGAGCAAUACCCGAGUAGACCCCGAUGCGCCCCCGCCAGAAUAUAUUUCACUCACCGUGAGUGAUUCGGCAGGCGCAAAGGAACUUACCGACAAUCUCCAAUACGGUCAGGUCUCCGGCAACCCCGCCCUCGUAUCCUUGCUCCACAAACUCGCACUCGAGAUCUUUAAGCCUCUCCACCCCUCCCACUACGAAAUCUUGCUCAACUCCGGCAACACCGACGCAUGGAACAAGAUCGUUUCCCUCCUCCUGGAGCCAGGCGACUCCGUCUUGGUUGAAGAACAUACUUAUCCGAGCGCACAGGCAGUAUGGAUUCCGAUGGGGAUUAAAGGCGUGCCGAUUGAUAUGGAUGGGGAGGGUAUGAAGCCGGAGGUACUUGAAAAGGUGAUUAAUUCGUGGGACGAAGGAAUGAGAGGAAAGAGGCCAAGGGUGUUGUAUACAGUGCCGGUGGGCCAGAACCCAACCGGCGCUACGAUGCCCGCGGCGCGUAAAAAGGUCAUUUACGACAUCUGUAAACGCCAUGAUAUAAUCAUCGUCGAAGACGACCCAUACUACUUCCUUCAACUUCCUGCGUAUAAGCUCCCUUCCGAGAACUCUCGUGCCGACAAUUCGUCGUUGGAGAAAUUGGACAUAGCGAGCUUGGAGCCGAGUUUCUUGAGGUACGACGAGGACGGCAGAGUCAUUCGGUUAGAGUCGUUCAGUAAGACCAUCGCCCCAGGAAGUCGUCUUGGUUAUUUUGUUUGCAACCCACUUUUCGCUGAGCGUCUACUCCGCGGGUCGGAGGUUAUGUCUCAAGCGCCAAGCGGUUGGAGCCAGGCGAUCGUUCUCAAGCUCCUUCAAUCCUGGGGCAUUGAUGGAUACCUCGAAUGGUUGCAGAAUCUUCGCCACAGUUAUGCGGUGCGACGUGAUUGGAUGUGCGACGCCCUGAACGAAUACUUCGACCUGAAUACGCCGAGUGGCAGUAUUGAGACGUACGCGUACCUCAAGAGCGUUUCGUCCACCACCACGACGGAGAGGAAACCGAUAUUUAGCUUUACUCCUCCAGCGGCCGGAAUGUUUAUCUACCUCAAGUUCCACCUCUCUCACUUGGCGUCCUUCCAAUCCAUACUCGCUUCACAACCUCCACCACCGAGCGCAGAAGACGAAUGGGUCGCACAAACUUGGAAGAAGCUCGCUGACGCGAAGGUUCUAUUGACGCCAGGGACGUACUACACGCCCUUCCAGGGGGAACCGUCUUCUACAAACCUUAUGACGCCGCGGGAGAAGGGCGUCGCCUUUUUCAGGCUAGCGUUCAGUUUCGUCGAUCGCGACGAAAUGGUUGAGGGAAUUAAGAGGAUGGCGAAGGUGCUGGAGGAUUUGUGA